AUGGCGAUUCUCAGCACAAUCACGGAGAGUUGGAAGUCCUUCACUCCAACGGAGAAAAGGAAUGUGGCGAUUUAUAUCGGCGGUAUCAUGCUUUACAAGUUCGGCCUCGAAGCAUUCAAUGGCUCAAUCGUAACCCUAGCCACAAACAGGUAUGAUUAUGAGUCCAUUAAGAACAACACUGUCUCCAGGACCUUCGAACGCGUUGGGCUCUUGACGGGAUUAAACCAAGCCUUUCAGUGCGUGGGCUCCAUUCUGAUUGCCCCCCUGGUUAAAAAGUUUCCGACGAAGAAUGUUCUUUCAAGUGCAAUUCUUGUGUUUGGAGUUCUCAGCGCACUUCUCCUAAUCAUCGACGCUGCAACGGGCGGCACAUUUGUCCCGGCCGAAUUCCGGAAGAAGCACCCAAAAGAUGACUUCCAUUACUAUGGCGAUUAUAAUACUGAUGGAAUGAUUCCCAUAUAUUGUAUUGCUGGCAUCGCUUAUGGCAUGGUUGAAUUAAUUCGACGAGUCAUUCCGCGAGAUAUCGUUGGCGGGAAUGUUCACAAACUCCGUCGAAUGGAUUCGCUUGUGCAUAUCUUUUACGAGGUCGCUGGGACGUCCGGAGCCUUUUGCACAGCGCUGGGACUGAUCCCUCGGUUCGGCAACAAUUUCGCGUUCUUGAUCACGCCGAUAUUCUUCCUGCUUGCGUCAAUCACCUGGUUCUUCAUCACGAUCCCAGGCUUCCACUCCCAUAAUCCAAAUCUACUUGAAAAGCAGCCAACCUACAUCAAGGCUGUAGUCGGCGGCUUUUGGCUCUUUGGCGAGUCUGUAUGGACAGGCGGCAAGAUAAUAUUUACCACCCGCAAAUAUGUUUGGCUCUUUUCUGGAUACGCAAUCGCGUUGUACGGGCACCGAUACUUGGAGAAUGGCAUUGCUCCGGCCGUUGCACGUCGUUACUUGGGCAAUUCAGCGUGGUCCCAGAUCAUGGUUGGCGGCUCCAACCUCGGUGAACUCCUGGGUGCUCUGUGUGUUUUCCUUUUCACCAAUUGGAUCCAGACGCCCAUCCCAUGGCUUCGUCUCGACUCGCUCAUGCUCCUGAUUGUGUGGUAUAUUCCAUACUGGAGGCCGCCACAGCUGGAUGUGCGCCAGGCCUGGAUUGUUGCCGCGACUUUUAUUCCCAUUUCAUUUGGAUGGGCUGCGGGAGACGUCUCCCUCGCGGCCUAUAUCCAAGCAAGUCUCGCCCGCACAGAAGCUCAGACAAAGAAUGUCUCUGCCCUUGGCGCAGUCAUGGCAUUCCUCUACUCCACAUACAUCGUCACGUAUGCGAUCACAUCGCCGCUUCUUGGCCGUUAUAUUGAUCGUGUUUACAUGGAGACUGGCGGCGCGGACGGCGGUGGGAACAUUUAUGAAGCGAUCCAGAACGUGGGAGGGGUGCAGUUUACCUUGAUCUUUGUUCUAGUUAUGACAGCGACGUUCAUUCCCAAAGGCGCGUUUGCGCUGAACCCGAAGAUGUUAUUCAAUGAGAAGCUGGACCAGGAUUUAUCGGGGGACGAUGACGAUGCGAUGAAAGGCAAAAAUCCAGACGGACGUGAGGGCGAGAAGGCGGAUAUCGUGAAAUCAUCUCCUGUCCCUGCACCUUGA